AUGCGGCCACUCACCACACUCCAGGCGCUCUCGCUGGCGCUGCUCCCCUCGUUAUCAUUUGCACAGGAACUCGGCAUCGAAGUCACUCGGCCUGUUGAGUGUACACGCAAAUCCAAGAAUGGCGAUGCCCUGUCGGUCAUGUACAAGGGCACACUGCAGAGCGACGGCAGCGUGUUCGACUCGAGUUAUGAUAGCGGGCGGCCGUUCAUAUUCGUCAUAGGCAAUCGCCAGGUCAUUCUAGGAUGGGAGCUUGGUUUGUUGGGCAUGUGUAUAGGGGAGGCGCGAAAGUUGACGAUACCGCCAAAGAUGGCAUAUGGCAACAGCCAGAAUGGCAAAAUCCCCCCGGGCUCAACGCUAAUCUUCGAAACCGAACUCAUGGGCAUUGAGGGCGUCAAGGCCGAGCCAGCACCGGCGCCUACCAAGCCGUCUCCCAUGGCUCCAGACGAGACGGUGAAUGCGAAUGACACACCCGUGCUACCCUCUGCCGAAGCUGAGAAGAUAACCCACACCCAGACCAGCCCCAUGGACGAUGAAGAGGGCGGUGGCGAGUGCAACUUGCUUGGGAACUUUGCUCUCUUGGUUCAGGGUGCACUGGGUCUGCUUGCCGUCUCCUCGCUCGCUAUCAAGCGCAUGAGGGAGUCGCCGAGGCGGCCAGUCAAGAUCUGGUUCUUCGACGUGUCGAAGCAGGUCUUUGGUUCAGUCUUGUUGCAUCUGGCAAACAUCCUCAUGUCCAUGCUGUCGUCCGGCUCCUUUGAUGUCGCGACCAAAGUCGCUGCAACGGCAGCAGACCAAAAGGGCGAUCAACCAAACCCCUGCUCGUUCUACCUGCUCAAUCUUGCCAUCGACACCACUAUCGGAAUUCCCAUCCUUGUCCUCCUCCUCAAACUCCUACAUCGUGGCUUUGCCCUCACGUCACUCGCCAACCCCCCAGAAUCCAUUCGCAGUGGCAACUACGGUCACCCGCCCCGCGCAACCUGGUGGCUUAAACAAUCACUCAUCUACUUCCUCGGCCUCAUCGGCAUGAAACUCUGCGUCCUCGCCAUCUUCACUUUCCUCCCCUGGAUCGCAUGGGUUGGCGACUGGGCUCUCCGCUGGACCGAAGGCAACAUGGCGCUGCAAAUCACAUUUGUCAUGUUCAUCUUCCCCUUGAUCAUGAACGCAGUACAGUACUGGAUCAUUGAUAGCUUCAUCAAGGACCAGGACAAUGCCGACGGUCAAUAUACCGUUGCUCCCGGCGGCGACAGCGACGACGAAGGCGACGAGGAGUGGCUGGAGAGGCAAAGACGGAGGCGUGAGGCGGGCCUUGAUGAGGGUCAGGAUAGUGAUAUUGAGAUUGAGGUUGCGGAACCCGAGGCGCUGAAGGAGGCGAAUCCAACACUCUUGCCAGUCCGUUCGGGCCAAAGAAAGGACGUCGAGUAUGAUCCUGCAACGGAUGGACAGUGCAGCAUUCCGCUUGGUAAGAAUAGGAGAGUGUAG